UCAUCUCGCUCAGUUGUUGUCAUGACGUGUCUCAUUUGUCUCGUGUGCUCAACGCUAAACAUCUCGAAGUUCGUUUCAAAGUUUAAAUUAAUGAGUUGAUUUUCCCUGAUUUGUGUUCAUUCGAACCAGACUCCACAACCUAUCGGAUUCAACACUAAUUUUGUGAAAAUCGUACAUAACUUUUAUUAGUAAAUAUUUUUGAAAUUCAGGCACUCGAGGACUUGCAUCUUUCACCCAAAUCAAAUGAUCAAACUCAACUACGUAUCGAUUUUGGCGCGUAGCCGAAACUAAUUCAGCCGAUGGUAAGAUGCUUGAACGUUUUUUUGGUCAAAAUGCGCGGAAGAAGUUCGUUGAUCAUCGGAGUUAAGCAUCUUCAAACGGAAUCUCAUAUUGUUUGAAGUGCCCUAAAAAAGAUCGCCAGUCGAGUCCAGCGCUGCUCGGACUCCAAGACAAUAAGAGAGGUCGGUAGAAUUCGGUCCCAUAGUCCCAUGGCUUUCGGAACACUAGUGAUGGCGGUUGGAUUUUUAUUGAUGGGCUAUCGAGAAGCCUGCGACAUAGUGGUAACGGUGGAUUCGAACCACAUAACCAUGCUAUGCCACGAUUCCCAUUGCUCUCCUGACUCGUCACCCUUCGUUGUGAAUAAAGGCUCCGAAAUCUGUAUAGAAGAUGAUCAUGGGAAGCGAGUGUCUUUGGUGGUCUCUGAUUUUGUUUGGGUGACAAAAUACGAGCUGGUUUACUACACAUCAGAUUAUAAUGUUACUUUUUUCCAUGCAUGCGAAUGUUGUGAAGAUCACGAGAAUUGCGAGCAUGAUUGCAACGUUCAAGCGGAUGCAAAACUACAGGCUGCUCACUCAGUCAGCGCAAACCACUUUGAAUGUUUCUGGAAUGAAUUCCUAAACGGAACUGUGAGUUGUGGUAUGUUCAAGCAGGUGACCAAAAGCGGGUCUUUGUACGAAGUGCUACAUAAAACAGAGCAAAAAGGCUGGAUUAAAUUUACCGCCAGAGAGUCCAGCAGCUCGCGCGAGACAAAAUUCAUCGUAGGGGAAUCCGUUUACGAUCUAGAUUUGUCGAAUUUCAAUAUUCGAAGCAACGACAUAAUUUCGAUCACUGUACAUAACGUAUCGUCAGAGGCAAUGCCCUUGCAAUCUCUGCUACGACAUAACGCCGAACUGUACUACGCCAACAGUUCGCAGUUCGAUGAACCGAAGGAGGGUUUCUUCGGUGACAUUCAGAUCGCCCUGAACACGAAUGAGGAGAAGCAUUUUGACUUGAGUGCCCUGGGCGAUUGUGAGUAUUUGGAAAGCUGCUAUCGUAACUGCAGUGUGCCUCAGCCGAGCAUGAUCGGUGCCUUCUUGAGACGCAAGAAUGAGUUCGAACAGCCACGUGCCGUCAUCAAGAACACGAGUCCUUCCGUGGUCGAGGUUCUCGAAACACACAAGAGCAGCUCUGCGACCAUCCAGUUGGGGAGCUGGGGUGGACGUUUAGAGCAGAAACGAGGCAAGUGCAACGUUGAGUAUUUCGGUAGUUACGGCUGCAUGGAUUGUGGCGACAGCGCGUCUAUAGUUUUCAAUGCCUCUAACGUGGAGACGCCUGGAUUCGUUCCUUUUCGGUCGAACUGCAGUUUCCAGAGGAACACGGUAAUCUGCUCGUCAGAGCCCACGGAGCUCGUUAUGAAGGAAAGUGCCACGGUGUGUAACAUUAGAAUGUUCACGCUGAACAAAGAGUUCACCGUUAGUGUCAGGCACUCAACACUUGGCCGCAUAGUCAAACCGAGAGAAAAGGAACAACAGUGUACAAUGAUGUUCCGAAGUUACGGAGCAGCUUUUGAGUACUUAGUGACGAGCAAGAUUUUCGUGGUGACUUUCAUCGGCAUAAUCCUUAUUUUGUCGAUUUGCAGCUUCCUGUAUGUUGUACUUGCAUCCGUUCGUAAAAGUAAAUCGUUCUACAAUGUCGAAAAUGAAGAAGAGUUGGUUCGAAUGUGAUGACUUCGAUUGUUUGUUCAAAAUAAACGUUCAUAAAGAUGGCAGAAAAA